AAAAAACAAAGAUGGCAGUGUAGAUUAAGCGGAGGACUGUCGAAGAGACUCUGCAUAAAACUGAUACAUUUUAAGGUUUCGGGCGCAUCCGGAUCGUGUCGGAGUGGCUCGGUUUUGUUCGGAAGGUGGACCGGAGGCAAAGAGCCCAGCCGGGUCCCAAAGCGUCGCCGUGUGCGUGCUGUCACAGCGAAUAACGGCACUAAACAACAGCCUGUUGUUUUGUUGAGCCUUUGAAAAAGGCUGUUUUUCCUCUCUCUUUACAAGCCGAGAGCUAAAGCUAACCCGAGAUCUAUCCAGAAAUUUAAAGGCGUCCAUGCAGCAAAGCACAGAUGAAAAUAUUUUCACUGUACAUUUAUCAAAUAUCUUAUUACCCGUUAAUAAUCUAUUUGAACUGAGGGUUGUUAUCAAGGGAUUGUUUACUAGUGAAUGCAUUGCUUGCUGCCCAUUAUACCCCAUUAUUGCAAGCCAAAUAGACUGACAUUUCACAUUGACAGUCAACGAACAUUGUGCUCGAUCAUCCCCCCGUGACUGUUUUGGACCGGACUUGGAUGUCUUCGAUGGAAGAGAGGAUGGAAUUAGGCGUAGCGGCCGCUCCAGGCUCCUCAUCAUCGGGUCUCGGUGUCGGUCCAGGGGGCGCAAUGGAUGCGGGUCCGGGCAGCGCAGGACUGGUAGGUAUUCAAGACGAGUCCGGCUUGCGGAGAGACGGUCCUGGUUCCGAGGCCGACCCGGACGCACCGCCCAAGAAGCGCAUGAGGCACCAGGAAGGGGAAGCGGGGAAGCUCGAGGAGCGGCUGUACUCUGUGCUGUGCUGUACUGUGUGUCUGGACCUGCCAAAAGCCUCUGUGUACCAGUGCACAAACGGGCACCUGAUGUGCGCAGGCUGUUUUAUUCACCUGCUUGCUGACUCACGUCUCAAAGAAGAACAAGCCACGUGUCCCAACUGCCGCUGUGAGAUCAGUAAGAGUCUGUGUUGCAGGAACCUGGCGGUGGAAAAAGCUGUGAGUGAACUUCCCUCCGACUGCAGCUACUGCCUCAAACAAUUCCCUCGAUCCAGCCUGGAUCGCCAUCAGACAGAAGAGUGCCAGGACAGAGUGACACAGUGUAAGUACAAGCGGAUUGGCUGCCCAUGGCAGGGGCCUUUCCAUGAGCUCAGCGCUCAUGAGGCAGAAUGUUCCCACCCAUCUAAGACCGGUAUGGAGUUGAUGGGUAUACUGGACGAGAUGGACCAGAGCCAUCGCAGAGAGCUACAGCUCUACAAUAGCAUCUUUAGCCUGCUGUGCUUUGAGAAGAUCGGCUUCACAGAGGUGCAGUUCCGGCCGUACCGCACCGAUGACUUCAUCACUCGACUGUACUACGAGACGCCACGGUUCACCGUGCUCAACCAAACGUGGGUGCUGAAGGCACGGGUCAACGACUCCGAACGCAACCCCAACCUCUCCUGCAAGCGCACGCUGUCCUUCCAGCUCAUUCUGAAGAGCAAAGUGAACUCUGCGCUCGAGUGCUCCUUCCUGCUCCUGAAAGGCCCGUACGACGAUGUGAAAAUCAAACCCGUCAUCCAGCACCACGUCUUCUCCAACGACGCCAACGAAACCGAGUACGCCCUGCUGCCCAUCAGCGACAGCGUGGAGUGCAACAAGCUGCUGGCUGCCAAAAACAUCAACCUACGCCUCUUCAUCUUUCAGAUUCAGAAAUAGAGGCGUGAGAUGAUGGGAUGAAUGAAGAACAGAGUAGAAGAAAAGAUGGAGAUGGAAGGCAAGCACCACUUAACCACAGAUACCUCUACUGGAGCAAGCAGAAGAAGGAUGAAAAUAUGGCCCAUCAGUACUGCAGUGCAUUGUUUGUUUGUGUGCGAGUGUGUGUCGUUGCCGGUAAGCUUCCAGACCCUCUGUGGCCGAAAUUCAGCCUUUUCAUUAACAACUUGACCCAACGGUUUUAUUGGUAGAGCAGGCCAGAACGGACUACACAAAAUGUCUGUGACUGUAUUUUUGUUUCCUUAGUAGACUGAUGUUGGGCUCUGUACGACUGAACGAAUGAAUGUGUAUCUGGGACAAAAAGAUAGAGGCAGGUUUGUCAGAGGUGUAAUGCGACCUAUCAUGCAGGCAAUGUAAAACUCUGUGUUUAUGUGUGUCCCGCUCGAAACCGUUCUCUCAAGGCUUAUACACAGACACUGCAGCACAGGGGCUGCGACUGCUUUAAGUGUAUUUUUGUAUGUGAAGGUAGCCAUUUUCGUUGAUGCAGCAGUACGGUUAGGCUGGAGAAAAUGGCUGCCAACCCCAGAACCCGGAAGAUGCGAUUUUGCAUGUUUUUAGGUUUUCUUUUUGUGUGCACUUUAUAAUGCGCACUUUUAGUUGAGUAGAACUGUAACCCUGUAAUCUUAACUUAAGUUUGACCUUAUUAACACAUUUAUUUAAGAAUCUGUGAACUUUGCCUUUUAUUCCUUCUGUGAAUUGACAUCCUCAUUAACAAAUGCCAUGCGUUCUUUCAUGCCCCCAGUGUGUGAAAACACAAGUACACUUCCUUACAUGAUGUCAUAAUGCCAUCAUCAGCUAAAUCAUACAUAUUUAUUAUUUUUAUUUAACUUUUACAUCCAUUAGUGAGCUAACAUAGACUCAAAAGAGCAAAACUGGAACGAUCUGAUUCUGAUCCCUUUCCACACACACACACACACACACACACACACACACACACACACACACACACAAAAUGUUAUCUUCAUUCAUACCUUUAUUAAAAAUGCACAUGCAUACAAUCACACAAAGCUGGGGGUACAAAAGAGCCAUUGCAGUAAUGGGAUAUCCAAUGAACUCAGCUGUGACUUAACAGUUUAGACAUACUUGAAAUACAACGCUCUGUUGCUCUAGCAGAGACCGUCUCUUCCAAAUAGAGGAGUUUAGUUUCAAACUGUUUCUGCAUUUAAAAGCUUUUAAUCCUACAAUUACACUCUGGCUGUAUAUGUGCCUUUCUAUUAAAGCUCAUUUAAACUUG